AGGGGAAGGGUCUCUGCUGGAGAUUACUCCUCUUGGUGUCUUCUGGGGAGCUCAGUUGAAGGGUCCCAUAAACUACUUGGUUAAUGCAGCUGGGAUCAACAGGGAUGGCUUGUUACUGAGAACCAAGACUGAAGAUAUGGUUUCCCAGAUUCACACAAACCUUUUGGGAACAAUGCUGACAUGUAAAGCUGCUGUAAAAAGUAUGAUUGAUCAUCAAGGAGGUGCUAUUGUUAAUAUAGGAAGUGUUGUAGGACUUAAAGGCAACUCUGGUCAAAGCAUAUACAGUGCUAGCAAAGCAGGAAUAGUUGGAUUUUCACGUUCUCUUGCUAAAGAAGUAGCAAGAAAGCAGAUUCGAGUCAACGUGGUUGCUCCAGGUUUUAUUCACACAGAGAUGACUGCUCAUUUGGAAGAAGACCAGCUGAAGAAAGCAAUUCCCCUUGGAAGAUUUGGAGACCCUCACGAAGUUGCACAAGCUGUUUUAUUUCUCCUGGAGUCCCCUUAUGUUACAGGCAGUACUCUAAUUGUGGAUGGCGGCUUGCAGCUUUUGAUUUAGACAUUACCUUGAAUAAAUACCUGCUUAAAUGUCAAGUGGGUAACAUAUACAUGCUAAUUAAGGAGGGGGAAAUUAGUCUAAGAUUCAUGUAUGCAAUUGACUUGAUAUUCUUUAAUCAGAUAACUAAUUUGUUGCAGUAGAGUCCGACAGGUAUGCUUAGCUUCCUGAAAGAGUCCAUUUGGUUGUAUGAAGUUUGCAUAUGUAACAAUUCUAAAAAGGUCUGCCUUUGGUAUGGUGAUAGUUAUAAAUCACUUCCUGAU